AUGGACGACUUUGCUUCAACCCGAAUGAAUGAGUAUGCUUCAUCUUCUUCUCUGGUUUUGGAUAGAGAAAGAGGAGAGCUUGUGGAAGCAUCCGUGAAACUGGAAGGCAAAGGUGUUUCACCUGAGAGAACUGUUGAAGCUUUGAGGAAUCAUAGUGAAGCUGAGAGGAGAAGAAGAGCAAGAAUUAAUUCACAUCUUGAUACACUUCGUAAUGUUAUUCCAGGUGCUAAUAAGUUGGACAAAGCAUCUUUACUAGCUGAAGUUAUUACACAUUUGAAAGAGCUAAAAACAAAUGCAGCACAAGCGAGUGAAGGACUAAUGAUACCUAAGGACAAUGAUGAGAUAAGAGUUGAAUCACAAGAAGGUGGAUUAAAUGGUUUCCCUUAUUCAAUUAGAGCAUCACUAUGUUGUGAAUACAAACCAGGUUUAUUGUCUGAUAUAAGACAAGCACUUGAUGAACUUCAUCUUAUGAUAAUAAGGGCAGAGAUUGCUACUUUAGGAGGUAGAAUGAAGAAUGUCUUUGUCAUAAUUAGUUGCAAAGAACAGAAUUUCGAAGAUGCCGAGUAUCGACAGUUUCUCGUUGGAUCGGUUCAUCAAGCUCUUAGAUCUGUACUUGAUAGAUUUUCUGUUUCACAAGAUAUUUUAGAAACUAGAAAGAGGAGGAGGAUUUCUAUAUUCAGUUCUUCAUCUUUAGGAGAUUUCUUAUAA